AUGCAUUGGUGCAGCAAUACUGAGAGCAAAAAAAGUUUGGCAGUAUUUGGUGGUAUUUUUGUUGAUGCAGGAAAAAUCGUUUGGAGGAGGUCCAGGUUUUACUUGGACGAGAUCGUGUUCGGAGUGGCAUACGUCUACGCCAGCUUCAAUUAUACCUUCGUCCACGUUACGGAUCUUUUGGGCAAUCCCACGGUUACUUGGGGCGUCACCGGCAACAUGAACGCCAAGGCCGAUCGUGACGAGGUCUCGCCCUACGCCGCUUUGUUGGCUGCUCAGGACGUCGCCGAUAAGUGCAAGUCGCUCGGAAUCACGCUGCGUGCCACCGGCGGAAACCGCACCAAGACCCCGGGACCGGGUGCUCAGUCGACGCACCGUGCUCUGUCCUGUUCGUCAAAGAAUUUUAUGAUUUAGUGCUAUUAGUAUAAACAUAAAUAAAUGCUCUGUUUUAAUCUGGUGUUUCAGUUUUUCCUGAAGUUGUUCCUCAAGGAAGACUUAGUCGGCAAAAAUCAUCUGAAUAAACAUAUUUCAGGACGGACGAGACGGUUGGCGCAGGGCAUCUAGGUGAAACAUCUCAGUACACGCAGUUUAGAAUUUCGAAAGCAAAGCAACACAGCAAAAAAAAA